AUCAUGGCGCCCGAACCAGAUUUUAUGAUACCUCCAUAUUACUCACCUUUUUAUGCCUGAUCGUACAUCAUUAUCUUAAAAGAAACUAUGAAGAGGUCAAACCCCGACUAUUCCACUACUGUCGUGGAAGAAAAGCCCUUAGAGACGCUAGAUUAUGGCACUCAAAGUCAGCCAGUGCUGAAAUUGAAGAGGGGUCGACAAGCUCUCGAUGCUUCCAAGAGGCUCGCGUUUGAACUAUCACAGUUUUCUACACAACAAGAAAUCCUUCAAACUCUUGUAGAUCUCGAAAAAGAGCUUCCUUUAGAGUCUCUAGAAGUUGUGGAAUUCGUCAUUAGAUCUUUGUGGGAGAGGUUUUACGAGACUGAAGACGCUGCAGUUAGAGUGAAGGUCAUUUCUUUGCUUGGAAGUGUGGCGAGAUUUCCCGGAGUUAAUGUCCAUGCGAUCGCUGAAGAGUUGAUCAAACUACUAAACGCAAAGGAUGAAGAUAAGACUAAAGAUUCUCAGAAAGUACGCACUCAAAUAUUCAACACUCUUUUAACACUGGGCAGACUUUUAGAUCAGGAGGCAAAGAUCAUUCACCACAUUGAGAAGGGUGCCAUUGAGCAUCUAAAAGACCCUCAUUUUUCAGUGCGCUGCCAAUGCCUUUGCCUGAUUGGUCAUCUGAAUCAAGGAUUAGAUGGCGGCCCAAGCAAGUUGGAGUCUGAACCACAGGUUGGGGCACAGAACUUGUUAGCAAGUUUUGCAAAAGACAGUGACCCCAGAGUACGAACAAGUGCUUUGCAAGCCCUACUAACACUGCAUGACAGAGGACAGAAACUGGACAUUGCAGUUUAUGAUCAGGCAUCGCUGGCUUUGAAUGAUGACUAUGAGGAUGUGCGAAUGGCAGCAAUUAAGUUAGUUUGGGUUUUCAGUCAGGCUGAUCCUGAAAGGACUGUAAAAUUACCGUCAUCUGAUGAGGUUCGCCUGGUGGACGAUGCUUUUAUAAAGAUCUGUCACAUGGUGAAUGAUCUCUCCAUGACUGUCCGAAGAGAGGCCGCUGGUUUGCUUGGCUCUCUCCAUCUCGUCAGUCAAAAGUUUCUGGAACAGACAUUGGAUAAGAAGCUCAUGUCUCAUCUUAAGAGAAAGAAAACGGAACACGAAAAGCGAAGAGAGAUUCACGCUUCAGGCGGAGCAGAUAGUGGUGCGUGGAGCACGGGACGCACGUGGGGCGACAAGGCACCUGAACCUGAAAUUGACCCGGAGGACGUGAGUCUAAUGAGUAGCGGAGCGUGUGGCGCGUUUGUGCACGGUUUAGAAGACGAAUUCAUGGAGGUACGUUCCGCGGCUGUGGAUUCUCUUUGUGAGCUGGCCUAUCGCAACUCAUCUUUCGCUGUGCAGUCCUUAGACUUCUUGGCUGACAUGAUGAAUGACGAGAUAGAAAGCGUCCGGCUCAGUGCUAUCAACAGCUUGCGCAAAAUCAGCGAGCACAUUCAACUGCGUGAGGACCAGUUGGAGACGCUGCUCGGUGUUCUGGAGGAUUUCUCAGGGGACACCCGAGAGGCUGUCCGUGAGUUGCUAUGUCACUGUGUGUUCGCUACAAGGGCGUGUCUUCAUGCUGCUAUUCAUGCGUUGCUCGGAAACCUGUCAAAAUAUCCUCAGGAUAAAUCGUCCAUAUGGAGGUGUUCAAAAUUUUUGGGUGAAAAGCAUCAACAUAUCGCUUCCUCGCUUGUGCCUGAACUUCUUUCUACGCAUCCGUUUUUUGCCACCCCAGAGCCGUCCAUCGAUGACCCGGCAUACGUCGCAAUUCUUAUCCUCGUGUUCAACGCAACAGCCAAAAGUCCCACAAUGUUAGCUAUGUUCCCGGAUCACACCAAUCGACAUUACGCUUACUUGCGGGACAGUCAACCCGACCUCGUCCCGCAACUUGUUAACGAGAAGAGCGUUUCAGAUUUGGAUAGUAAAAGGUUUGAAGAUGGAGGAUCACAAACUGCUAAGGACUUCUUUGAAAGCGUGCAACUGCGACUUCGACACGUCACAUCACUCAACCCAGUAAGCAAACAACAAACAUUGAAAACAGCCAUUCAAGACCUUAAGCACGUGAAGAGCAUCGAUUCACUACUCAGCGCCGAUGCAGAAUGUCUUUGCCUUUAUCUCCAAUGCAAACUGAUGAUCGUUCAGGCUCAGCAAGACAAGAUGUGGACUGUUCCAGCGGCAUUAUGUACUCACCAAAGCUCCGGUCUUAAAUCCCUGGUUGAAAACAUCCUGUCAACAUCGUAUCGCGUUGAACAUACCUUCACUGGUUUGGAUUCUCAGCAAAUCUUCCUUCUUCGACAACUGAGACUCAUUGCGCAUGCAUUGCAGAUCUUAGUCACGCAGCGAUCUAGCCGGACUAACGAGAGAAACUUAAAUUCCAUGCUACAAGUUUGGGAAUCGUUUUUGAAUAGAAUAAAAACCUUCUCCAACUUCAUCAACACAGAGAACAUCAACACGGAUGCUUUCUGCGCAGAGGUAGUUUCGUUUCCCGGUUUCUUUGAGUCUAACAUAACAAAUCCAGCCGGAGUUGUGGAUUAUGUUCAAUCCAUUAUGCUUUCUCAUGAAGUCCCUUGCUUGGAAUUGCACUCCAGUCUGAGCCAGGCAUCUGCAGUACUAAACGAACCCCGCGGAGGUUCGGAUAAUCCACUUUGCUUUUCUGCGGGCCUUACACUUGGUGUCAAUGUUGAAGCUAUAUUGGAGAACGUCCCUGAUGCGACCAAAGUUAAAGUGCAGGUUGUGUUUCCUGAUCUGAGGUGUCACUGGUUUAUUCCCAAACGGGACGAUAUCCAUGUGCUUUCUCCAACGAAGCAGCGACUUGCCACGACUGUCAUCUUGUCGCACAGGGGAUGGUCAGAACCUGGUUUGGUAGAAGUGUCCUUGGUUCUCAAAUACACACCUGACGUUGAUGAAGAAAGUGUGCUGAAACUAUGUUCACGUGAAGAUAGCUCCACAGAUGAAGAGACGCGGGGUAUAAAGCAUACGAAAAGCGCCAAGGACAGUUUGGUCGACGGCGUAAUAAAUCUUUGUUCACCAGUUCAAGUAUGUAUCAUGCCAAAGGCGCUAAGAUGAAAACGGACUGGUUGGAUCACAACCUUCGAAAGCUAGAAAGCUCGUGAUCCGUUAUGCAAGCCUUUUCUCACGCCGUGAUGUAAUGCGCGCAUGUCUGCGGUCUGUUUCCAACACCUUCAUGCCUUACUGUACUUACUGUGUUAAUCAUAGGUUUCAGUUUGUUACCACCACAAUAUGCUGGGUCCCGCGUCUUGUUUCUAGGCCAACUGUUUCACUUCGUUUAUGCUUUCAGCUGUCUUUCUUUUUCACGACAUUGCGCCACACUUUUCCAUCAAGAAUCACAAUUAGGGCGGUAAGAACUCAAUAAGCAAUGAAGCAUUUCUAGACAUUAAGUAGUCCAACUACACAGUGACAAAUAAACUACAAAAGAAUUUU